AUGACUAACGUUAGAAAAGUCAUGAUUCAAAUGUUAGUAAUUCUAGUCUUAACCAAUUUGUCUUACUCCGUGGGAAAUUUUAUCAGCCAUCCCUUCAACGCAUCCAAAGUGUUAACCAUAACAGCUAUGUUUGCUAUGAACGAAUACUCGGCAACAUUUGUAGCUACUAAGCUGGCAUUGGAGCAUAUCAAUCUAAAUCCAGAUAUCCUUCCUGGUUAUUAUCUUAAUAUGAGUUGGAAAGACACUCAAUGUGAUCCAAGUAUCGGAUUAAAGAACUUAUUCGAUGAGUUAAGUACCCCACCGAUUAAGAUCAUGGCCCUUGGGGCAUCCUGUUCGCAUGUUACAGAACAAGUUACUAGAUUUACUAAAGAGUUUAAGCUAUUGCAGGUUUCACCGUCGUCGUCGUCGCCAGUCUUAAGUAGCAAAUCAGUCUAUCCUUAUUUCUUUCGCACAAUCGUUUCUGGAGAUGCUUUUCCUGUUAUAAUGUUGGAUAUUUGUCGAAAAUUUGGAUGGAAAAGAGUCUCUAUCCUUAAUGAAAAGCAAGAGUUUUUCACAGCGGGGAGCUUAGCAUUGAUUAAAACUGCGGAAACGAGAUACCAAAUUUCAGUUGCUAGCUCACAGGAAGUUGACAGCGAUCAAGAUCCAUAUCUUGCGUUACUCACUAUCCGCAAAACCGGAAAUAGAGUUAUUUUAGCGGGAUUCUUACCUGAAAUGGGUCGUAAAAUAUUUUGCCAGGCCUAUCAUAUGGAUAUGACCGGCCCAAAUUAUAUCUGGAUCAUCCCAGAUUCGUUACCAAAGUAUUGGUGGAGAAUUCAUGGAAAUGUAACUCUGAGACAUUCUAAUAAGUUUUGUGGCCGCAAAGAAAUGGACCAUGCAGUAAAAGGUUACUUUUCGGUCUCAGAUUACCCAAUUGCCACAAAACUUUAUGAAAAUACUGUUUCAGGAUUUACACCGUCAAAAUGGCUAAAAGUCUAUAAAGAAUAUCAGCAAAAGCAUUAUCCUAACUAUACAGCUAAUGAACAGUAUGCUGGAUAUGCCUAUGAUGCUGUUUGGUGUAUUGCGCUAUCUCUCAAUAAUUCGAUCCGGCCAUUACAUAAAAAUCAUGGCACUAAAUUAGAAAAAUUUGUAUAUCACAGCAGUGAUUUCAUCGAUACGUUUGUAAGCCAAAUGGAAGAACUUAAAUUUAUGGGUAUUUCGGGGUCAGUAUCGUUUACUUUUAGAGGCAAUCGCAUAGGCGCCGUAAGAGUAGGCCGCAUUCAAGGCUCAGAUUUGCAAAAUGUUGAAAUUGCUAUUUAUGCAACAUUCGAAGAAUCUCCCGUCUGGAAAACAACAGCAAUUCAAUGGGGAACUCCAGGUAACAGUGUACCCAAAGAUCGACCAACAAGCAAAAUCAUGACAGUAUCCAUUCCGCUAGAACUUUACGUCGCCAUUGCUGUUAGCGUAUUGUCUCAAUCGAUCAUCCUAUGUUUGGGAUUUUCUAUCGGUUAUGGAGCUUUGUUAGCUAAAAUAUGGGAUAUCUAUAAAAUUCAAACUACUGCUGAAGGCAAGCUAGUAAGGGGUACCAAGAACUGGCAAUUAUACCUUAUGGUCUUUUUGGUUUGCGUUGGUAACUUAUUGGUAGUCAUAUUAUUUUCUGUUACUGAUCCAAUCGUGAUUGCCGAAAGAAAUUAUACUGAAAUUAAUGCUGAUAUAUCAGCAAAAUUAACAGGUGGUCUACCUGAAGAAAGUUUAGUAACGUAUAUUGCACGUUAUUGUGUUUACCAAUACUCUAAUAUCCGUCUGGCAGUAGUGUCUAUCUCGAACGGAAUUUUACUAAUCAUUGGUAUAGUUCUAUCAUGGAAAGCUCGAGCUGUCGUUCUUCCUAUCAGCAAUGAAGCCAAAUACGUUGGAUUUUCUAUCUAUAAUGUAGCACUAUUCAGUAUUAUUGGAUCUGUUCUUUCUGUCACUACUCAAGAUAGGCCUGUUUCUAAUUUCGGAUUAACUUCGCUCUUUAUCUUGGUAAUCGUCUUCGUCACAAUGUUCCUAUCCUUCCUGCCUAGGAUCUACUAUGUGUGGAAGGUGGUCAAGGCAAAUAAGCAAAAGGCGCAUGAAAGUAUCAAUGACGAUCGAGAAUCGGCUACAAUGAAAUAUCACGAUGAGGCUAAAAUAAAGCGUAGACUGUCUCAAAACGAAGUAAGGAAUGAAAUUGAUCGAUUAAAUACCAGCGUAUCACAGCUAGUAAAUCAAGCCGCUGUGCUACGAAUUUCUUUACAUAAAGCGGAUAAGCAAGUCAACACACGUAGAAUUUCGACUCUGGGUUUUGUCAUGUAUGAAAAGCAAUCAUCAAACUGCGGAGUCAUUUUUGUUGAAAAUAUUGCCGAAACGGAUUCUUUUUCUUCGGUAUCAACCUGA